AUGACGAUUACAUUGGAUGAUGUUGCUAAUAUUUUGGGAUUGCCUAUUAAGGGUGAGUCCUACAGUCCACCUGAUGUAGAUAGAGUAACAGCAUGUAAUCUUGCAGUCACUCUAUUAGGAGUGACCACGACAGAGAUCUGGGAGGAGACCAUGAAGACUAGAGGUGCGCACUGUAGACUGGAUUGGUUGAAGGAGUUCUUCAAAAGGGAGUGUGCAGCAGAGAGAUUUGAUUGUGCUGCUAGGGCAUAUCUGUUGAAUUUAGUAGGGAGUACUAUUUACGCGGAUAAAAGUCAUACUCUAGUUGAUGCGAAGUAUUUUCCUUUAUACAGAUAUUUAUACGGUACAGAUAAAUAUGCAUGGGGUAGUGCUGCACUCGUGGUGAUUUAUGACUACCUCUCAAAUGCUUGCUAUUACGACACCAAACAGCUAGGUGGAUAUAUAACGCUGCUUCAGGAUGCUGAUGUGCAAUGUUUUGCCCAAAUGAAUAGAUGGUGCUACAAACAAUGCAAGCAUAAGGUCCAUGAGUACAGACGUAUUAUUGAUGCAUUGACACUUGUAGAUGCUAUAUGGAGACCAUGGGAGAAUCAUAGGGGUGUAAUUCAUUUUGAUGAUAUCAUACUUUAUACUGGUCACCUCCGAUUAUGCAGCACUGUAGUGAAAUAUUUGUCAGACAGGUGUUUGAGACAAUUUGGAUAUAUCCAAUAUAUUUCUUCACCUCCACUUCCAGAUCCUUCUAGAUUAUUUGAUGUAGAUGUGGAAUGGUUGGGAUAUGCGACGUUAGUGACAGAGCUAUUUCACAAGUUUUGUCAAGCUACAUAUCCAUCUGAGUGUGAAGAUGGAUAUUUGAAGUGGUUCUAUCAGGUGUCUCAUCCACUUCUUGUGCGACUAGAUGGUGUACCUCAGGUCCCACAUUAUAGUGUACCGCCCACCAGUGCAGAUGCUUCUAGUUCACAACUGGCACCUAUCCUACAGCAGAUCGGUGAUCUUAUACAGCACGGGUUGAAUCAACAUGAAGCUAGUCCAGAUGAUGAAUUGUAUCUUCAUUUUUAUAAAGCAUUGUAUUUAUCACGUAGUCGCUCUAGUGAGUAG